AGUACCAUGGCCAGGCGAGUCGCAGUGAUUGGAGCUGGUGUGAGUGGCCUAUCCUCCAUCAAGUGCUGCUUGGAUGAGGGUCUGGAGCCCAUCUGCUUUGAGAGAAGCAUGGUGGCUUCAGCCUACCUUGGUGAUCACGUAUAAAAGCAGCUCACUGCGACAUCACAGGCUUGUGUGAGGCAUAGUGCUGACACCGUGCAGGAUGCAGUCUGACAGGUGAUGAACCUGGAGACUCCGCAGGGCAGGGGCAGGGGCAGUUGGAAGAGGGAGGAGGGAAGAGUUCAGUCUGAUACACAAACAUUGUAUUAGAAGUUACAGUGAUUUCUAGACCAUGGACAUUCUGAGACAAAGUAACAGUGUCGCGUAGGUUAGGCUGAAUAGCAUUGGUGAAUAGGGAGCAGAUGACGCUUUUGGAAGGAUGGAAGUUGGCAUCAGGGAAGGGAGCUCCAGCCCACAGGAUUAUUCAGGUCUUUGGGAAGAGAAUUGGCAGGAAGGACGCAAGAAUCCAGACCCUGAAAGGUUGGGGUGGGUGGUUGGGUAGCUUUCACAUUAUCACAAUAAAAAGAGCCAAGGCACUGAUCAAUCCUUCUAAGGAGUGGAGUGUGCAUCCUGGGGGUUAUACCUAGGGCUAGGCCAGCUGUUAGGUGACUUGAGCAAUGGAAGUAGGGGCUGGAAGUGGCUAGAUACCAGCGGCGUCUGGCCAGGUUUGGUCCUGGUAACUGGGAGUAGCAGAGUCUUCAGCAGGGAUCUAGGGAUCCGUCCCAUUGGUGGGUAUAAAGUGUCAGAAGAUAGGAGGUCUAGGGGUGCCUGGGUGGCACAGCGGUUAAGCGUCUGCCUUCGGCUCAGGGCGUGAUCCUGGCAUUGUGGGAUCGAGCCCCACAUCAGGCUCUUCCGCUAUGAGCCUGCUUCUUCCUCUCCCACUCCCCCUGCUUGUGUUCCCUCUCUCGCUGGCUGUCUCUGUCUGUCAAAUAAAUAAAUAAAAUCUUUUAAAAAAAAAAAAAAAAGAAGAUAGGAGGUCUAAGUACUGGAUGCUUCGGGGGUAAGAGAAAAGCAACGUUCAGUGGGAGCUCAUGGUGGAGGAGAGUACUUCAAACUGGUGUGAAUGAGGGAAGCCUUCAUGGAAAAGGUGGCAUAUACCAGUCUUUGAUAGAUGGCGAAGAAAACAGAAUAAGCAAAUGCGUGUAAGCAGGUAUGGUCACAACCCUAGGAUUAUAGUGUGCUGGGGGAAAAGUUUCUCUGUUGUACUGUGACCCUGAUCGAGCCAAAUGUCAAUGUGGAAAGAAAACACAGUGUCUGGUUUGUGUACCUUCAGCUACUGGACCUCACAGUUGAUUUGGUUUUCUUCCCCCACUCUAAAGUAAUACAGAUGAAUUUUAGAAAAUAAUACUGAGUUGAAAAAAAAGAAAGAAAGAAAGAAAGAAAGAAAGAAAGAAAGAAAGAAAGAAAGAAAGAAAGAAAAUAGGAGCACUUGGGUGGCUCAGUCAGUUAAGCAUUUGACUCUCGAUUUCAGCUCAGGUCAUGAUCCCAGGGUCCUGGGAUCGAACCCCAUAUUGGGUUCCACCCACCCUGCAGUGUCUACGUGAGAUUCUCUCUCUCCCUCUGCUCCUCCCCCCACUUGCACACGUGCUCUUUCUCUCUAAAAUAAAUAAAUCUAAAAACAAGAGAAAGCAAAAGAAAAUAUACUUAGACAAUAAAUUCAAAAAUCAGUGAGGAGUUCUGUGAGCAAAGGCAGGAGGGAGAAGUCCUCAUAAGUGGAGGGAUUGAGGAUGGCAAAAAAAGAAGAAAAAAAGAAGCAAGUCAGACCAUUAGCCCCAUGUUCAUGGAAUCACUGAAUGGCAAUGUUAGUCUUGGAGAGGCCUGCUAAAUUUUGUUAACUUCCGUGUAGUGUGAGAAAGAUACUGUGUUUAGUCAUUCCAAUCCCACCAAUGGCUUCUGACAACUACAGCAUGGGGAUCCAAUGCUAAGUUUUCCUGAAACUCUUUGGAAUUGUAAGUGGAAUCUCUUUUCUUCCUGACUUCCCCACCCCACCAAGGUAACUACAUUUCACCACAGGAAACUUCUGAAGAUGGGAUGAACAGGAUCUACAGAUCAUUAGUGACAAAUAUCUGCAAAGAAAUGUCAUGUUAUAGCGACUUCCCCUUCCAGGAAGAUUAUCCCAAUUUCAUGAACCAAGGAAAAUUCUGGGACUAUCUCCAAGAAUUUGCUGAGCACUUUGACCUUCUGAAAUACAUUCGGUUUAGGACCACAGUGUGCAGUAUAAUGAAGCGUCCGGAUUUCUCCAAGACUGGUCAGUGGGAUGUUGUCACAGAGACAGAGGGGAAGCAGGAACGAGCAGUCUUUGAUGCUGUCAUGGUCUGCACCGGACAUUACCUGAAUCCCCGUUUACCUUUGGAGUCCUUUCCUGGUAUUCAUAAGUUUAAAGGCCAGAUCCUGCACAGUCAGGAGUAUAGGGGCCCAGAAGGCUUUCAAGGCAAACGCGUGUUAGUGAUCGGUCUUGGGAACACGGCAGGGGACGUGGCAGUGGAGCUGAGUCGAACGGCAGCUCAGGUACUUCUCAGUACCAGAACUGGUGCCUGGGUUCUCUGCCGCUCUUCAGAUGGGGGCUACCCAUUUAAUAUGGUGAUUACAAGAAGAUGCGUUAAUUUUAUUGCACAAGUUCUGCCCUCGUGUGUACUAAACUGGAUUCAAGAGAGGCAAUUGAAUAAAAGAUUUAACCAUGAGAAUUAUGGAUUAAGUAUUACAAAGGGGAAAAAAUCAAAAUUCGUUGUGAAUGACGAACUGCCAACCUGUAUCCUCUGUGGGACAAUCACCAUGAAAACCAGCGUGAAGGAGUUUACAGAAACCUCUGCUCUCUUUGAAGAUGGAACAGUGGGAGAAAACAUCGAUAUUGUGAUUUUCGCUACAGGAUACACAUUUUCUUUUCCCUUUUUCGAAGAACCUCUUAAAAGCCUUUGUACGAAGAAGAUAUUCCUGUACAAGCGGGUCUUUCCUUCAAACCUAGAGAGAGCAACACUAGCUGUCAUUGGCUUCAUCGGCCUUAAAGGGUCCAUCCUAGCGGGCACGGAGCUCCAAGCACGCUGGGCGACAAGAGUAUUCAAAGGACUCUGUCAGAUACCUCCAUCCCAACAACUGAUGGCCGAGGCUACUAAAAAGGAGCAACUUAUCAGAAGGGGUGUGAUGAAAGACACCAGUGAAGACAAACUUGAGUUCAUUCUGUACCUGGAUGACAUUGCUGCUUGCAUAGGCGCAAAGCCCAGUGUGCCCUCUCUGUUCCUCAAGGAUCCCAGACUAGCUUGGGAAGUUUUCUUUGGACCAUGUACUCCUUACCAGUACCGCCUUGUGGGCCCUGGAAAAUGGGAUGGAGCCAGGAACGCCAUCCUGACCCAGUGGGACAGGACACUGAAACCCUUAAAAACUCGAACCGUUCCUAAUUCCACCAAGCCUGCCUCCAUGUCACAUUAUUUAAAAGUUUGGGGGGCACCUAUCCUCCUUGCCUCUCUUCUACUGACCUGUAAAUCUUCACUUUUUUUGAAAUCAGUGCGAGAUAAUCUACAGAAUAGAAUUUCCCCUUAUCUAAUAAGUAUUUGGUGAGGACGAAUCUGAUUAAUUACAAGAGUUGUCCCUAACCGCAUUAAUUCUAUCUCCAAAUAUUUUGUGCAUCCCUCCUCUCCUCUCCGUCUUAACUGCUCUCACCCAAGCUCAGGUCCAGUCAUCUCUUAUCUGAAUUACUCCAUUGUCUUCCUCUCUGGUCUCAGUGCCUCCUUUCUUGACUCCUUUUCCAAUCCAUAUUCUACUCUGCUACCUGAGUGACUGUUCUAAAAUGAAAAUAUUGUCACUGUUUCCAUCAAGAUCUUGGUAGGAAUAAGAUGGCACUCAAAUUAGGUAAUUGGUGGACAUUUUGAUAUGGAGAUUAUUAUAAAAGUUUGGGCAGAGUGUAGGGAAAUCAUAGGGAUAAUAAAAUACUCCCAGACUAGUAGCAGUGAGGUAUUUUUACCAUCCUCAGCCUAAUGAGGCAAGAGGAGAAAACAAUUACGAAUGAGAGAGAGAGGCUUCUUUGUGGAGAGGGCCUCCUCUCGAGAGUUAUGACCUUCACCUGACAGAUGAAGGCAGUCUGUGGUGACCUCAGAGGUACAGAGCUUGGCAAUAAAUUCUCUAACUUAAUUUUCUUCCCUCCCUCUCAUCCCCUGCCCAUGCUCCCCAGUGGCCUAACCCAACCAAACCUCAAAGGGCAAGGUUGCCAACUGAUAGAUUGAAUCGUGUCUCGGAAAGAGAGAUAUUCAAGUCCUAACCCCAGGUACCUAUACCUUAUUUGGAAAUAGGAUCUUUGCAAAGGUAAUCAACUUAAGAUGAGCUCAUGCUGGAGCACAGGGAGCUAGAUCCCAUAUAACUGGUGUCCUUAUAGAAGGAGAAGAUACAUAGACAGAGACGCAGUAGAAAAUGCCAUGUGAAGACAGGCAGAGGUUGGAGUGAGGCACCUACGAGGAUUGCCCAGCAAAUACUGGCCGCUAGGGGAGAGGCAUGGACAUAUUCUCCCUCAGAAACUCCAGAGGGAACCAACCCUGCUGACACCUGGAUUCCAGACUUCCAGCCUCCAAAACUGUGAACAAAUAACCCACUUGGUUUGUGACACUUCAUUAUGGCAAUGCUAGGAAGUGAACACACGGACUGAUGUCAUCCAUGGAGGUCAGCCUCCGAAAGUACAGACAGAGCAAACACGAUGGAGAGCAUAUAUGGAAGGGCAGGCAAAAAGGAUCCAGGGCAGACAUGUUGCUUUCCAGUUUAAAAUCCUUGAAAAUGUCUCCUUUGAUCAGAGAUAAUGGUCCAAAUUCCUUAGCCUGGAAAAGGAGACCCUUCGUUGUCUGAGCCCAUUUGCCCGGUUGCCAGAAUCCCGUCCUGCAGCUUCCCCCAGCCCCACUUCAAACCUACCAGCCAACACUACCAACCUCUGACCUGCACCAUGCUCCCUCACUUUGGGGCAAGCCCAGCUCCAACUGUCUUUCAAGAGAGAGCUCGAUUAUCUCCCUCUGUGAAGCCUUCCCUGAAUCCUCAAAGCAGAGCUGACCCCCACUUUGUAAUGACUGAGCCUCGUGCACUGCUUUGUCGUUGCCCUUUUCUCACUGUAGCGCACAGUUGACCCUCGAACAUUGCGGUUUGAACGCAAUGGGUCUACUUACGUGUGGAUUUUUUUCUCAAUAACUACAGUAGAGUUCCAUAAAUGUAUUUUCUCUUCCAUAUGAUUUCCCUCAUAACAUUUUCUUUUCUCUAGCUGACUUUAUUGUAAGAAUACAGUCUCUCAUACAAAUAACACACAAACUAUGUGUGAAUUGACUAUGUUAUCAGUAAGGCUCCCGGUCAGCAGGUUAUCAAUAUAACAGUACUGUUACGUUUGAGGGGAGUCAGAAGUUAUUCAGAUUUUUGACUAUACAGGGGUGCGUUGUUUAAGGAUCAACUGUAAUAUUCUUUUUGAAUCUGUCUCCUAACAAAUGGUGAAUUACCGAGAGGAACCAUAUCUUGUUCAGCUAACACUGCCUGAUGCAAAGUACUGCUAAAUAAAUGAUUGCUGAUUUAACAGUGGCCUCCCCAGCUGACAUUUCUUGUCUGUGCCCUUCUACCCACAUUCUUUCUCCUGCCAACACGAUAAAUUUCCUCAGAUCACCUCAGCCAUGCAAAUGAACAAGGACAGUCCACCAACGGCAAGAAACCCGUAUGGCAAUUGGUGUAAAUAUAACUGCUGUAACUGGGAGCCAUGUGCACUGGUUGAAAGCACUAACUCUAGAAUUUGACUUGGAUUAUAAUCCCGAUUCUGCACUAGCUAUGAGGGCUUGGCCAAGUGACUCUCUGAGCCUCAGUGUCUUCAUCCAGAAAAUGAGGAGAAAGUGCACGGUGAGACAAUAUAGGGUGUUAGACACACAGUAAUUUGACUAUUAAUAGCUGAAGAGUCUGAGGACAUUUUCAGUUUCUGAAUUAAAGGAUUUGAAACCUGCUGCCUAGCUCUUUUCCCUCUUGCCUCAUGGGAAAAAAGCAUGGCCUUGGGGAGAAUAACAAGUUCCUCUGGCUUUCUGGUGAGAGCACACCUGCCUACAGAAAGUGUGUGUUCUGCACGGCCCCAGGCACUGGGUGAGAAGUCUCCUGACCCUGAAGUUCAGUUAGCAGACCCGUAUGUCCUGGCUUAACCUCUAUCCAUAAGGAAAUGAGUAUUUUCGUCUCCAUCUUCACUCUCUGUUUUAUUUUAUAAAUUGUCCAGAACCCAGGUGGAGAAAUUAGCUGCUACUCAGGGGUGGGGACUUGAGACCCCAAUGCUGUACCCUAGCAAACUCUAGGUCCCACUUCUGGCUUUUCUUUUGGAGUUACAUACUUUGCUAGUAUAUCAUCAACAUGCCAAAUAAAAACCCCUCUACUAU